AUGCUCGCCGUUUCCCCUGCUUCGCUCCGUUUCGCAGGCGUGAGCCGCGAUUACGCGGGAGGCGCGGAAGGGAGGGAGCAGCGGUUUAUCGCAAGGCGUGGACGGGAGGUAGCAGCGGAUUCGCGCGAGGGGCGGACGGGAGCAAGGAGCAAUUUCGCGCGCGUGGCGGACUGGAAUGAGGAGCGACGGGGAGGGGGAGGGUGCGAGGGGGACGGAAGGAGCCGCUUCCACCUGCUUCCCGUCGACCUCGCUUUCCCCCUCCCGUCGCCCUCGCCUUCCCCCUCCCGUCGACCUCGCUUUCCCCCUCCCGUCGCCCUCGUUUUCCCCCUCCCGUCGCCCUCGCCUUCCCCCUCCCGUCGACCUCGCCUUCCCCCUCCCGUCGCCCUCGCCUUCCCCCUCCCGUCGCCCUCGCCUUCCCCCUCCCGUCGCCCUCGCCUUCCCCCUCCCGUCGCCCUCGCCUUCCCCCUCCCGUCGCCCUCGUUUUUCCCCCUCCCGUCGCACUCGCCUUCCCCCUCCCGUCGCCCUCGCCUUCCCCCUCCCGUCGCACUCGCCUUCCCCCUCCCGUCGCCCUCGCCUUCCCCCUCCCGUCGCACUCGCCUUCCCCCUCCCGUCGCCCUCGCCUUCCCCCUCCCGUCGCCCUCGUUUUUCCCCCUCCCCCUCCCAGCCUAA